AUGGUAAGACCAGUAGUGAUACAUUCUAUAUCGAAGUUCUUUGAUUUUGAUAACUACCCUUCUAAUAAAUUUAAAAAUAUAUUAGAAAUAGCAGAUGCAGAUUUAAUUGCUAGUAUUAAUAAUAAAUAUAUUAAUGGAAUUAAAGUUGAAAUUGGAUCAUAUUUACAAACUUCUGGAGUAUCUGCUACUUCUAUUGAUACACUUGCAAAUCUAGGAUUAUCAGUAAUAAGAAAGACAGUAGAUAGGAAAAAGAAAAUUAUUUCAGAUGAACAUGAACAAUCUGUUGAUAAUUAUUGCUUACAAAAUAUGGAAAAAAUAUUUAUUUUAAAUAUUGAUGAUUAUCAUAAUAUUCAUUGUCAUUCUUAUGAAAAUAGAGUUGAAAAUCUUAAUAUCCAUAAUUAUGAUGGUCGCAUUCAAGAACAUCAAGAAUUAAGAUCAUUAAAUAAUAGCAAAUUAGUAGAUUUUAUUUUGCAUCCAUUACAUAGUACUAAAGAUUAUAUUGAAAGCUCAAACAUUUUGUUUAAAGUAUUUGAAAGAAGAGCUAUAACAUUAAGAAUUAAUAAAGAAAUAGCAUCUGGAAUUUCAGAACAAAUAUUAAGUUUAAUUCCUUUAAUUGGACCACUUCAUAUUUCUUUAAAUAAUAAAAAAGUAUUAUCUCAAAAACCAAAACAAACUGUAAUCAAUCUUAUUUUAGAUUUAACAUUUAAUGGUUGGAAAAAUAUUCGAGAUGUUAUUAUACAUCGUUUUGGAAAUUCUAAAGAUGCAGAAUAUAGAAUGAUGAUUGACUUGUUGGAUAAUUCUAUACCACUUACUUUAGAUAUAUAUGCAGUACUUUUCAGAAGUGGAUACUUUGAAGGAUAUUUAGAAAGUGUUGUAAGAGUUUGGAUAUUAUUUCAAAGAUUAAGAAGACAUAAUUACAAUAAAGCACCACUUGUAUUUUUAAGUGAUGUAUUUUAUUGGGAACUUAAUAAUCAUCCUAUGGCUAAUACUUUAAAAAAUAAUUUACCAAUUUUCAAUGAUUAUUUUGUUGAAAAUUUUCAUAGUUCUAUCAGAAGCCAGACUGUUGAAUCAAAUAGUGCAUUGCAAAUUAUUCAAAAAGCAAAAAUUAUUGAUGCUGAAAAAAAUAAUAAUUCUUUUAAAGAAUCCUUUAUUAAUUCAAGAAAUCCAAUUAUUUCUCAAGAUAAAUUAAAUUAUUUAGAAAAAAAAGUUUCUUUAUUUUUAUUUUCACUUUUUGAUAAAAUUUAUCAUAAUAUUGGAAAUACAAACCAAAUUAAUAAUAGUAAAUAUCCAAGUUUUAUACUUUCCAGCUUUGAAAUUAAUGUAGAUGUAAAAGUUCUUUCAUUAGCAUGGAAUACAGAAUAUAAACCUGCUAAUGAUAAAUUUUGUGAUGCAGAAACAUGUUUAUUACCCAAUAAUAUAGAUUCAUUUAAUGGUAUUGUUUUGAUUUGUGGGCAUGGUUUUCAUAAAGAAUGUUUAACUUUAUAUAAUGGUAAAUGUAAUUACUGUUUUAACUAUUUAUCAUUUGGAGUUCAAAAAAAUAUUAGUGCCUUAACAACAAGAUUAACUACUCCACUAAAAGAUAAUGAAAUACCUUUAGUUGAAGAGGAAACAAAUGAUAGUUUAGAUGAAAAUAAUGAUGAGAACAUGCAGAGUAUUUUAGAAAGAUUAGAACAAAAUAUAGAUAAUCAAUUUGAAAUUUUAUAUUAA